UUAAACUAACUGUUGUAAGACACUCUGCCCAUAACCAACAUUGAAGCCCAAAGAGAGUAGACACAAACUAGUAGACAGCAUUGGCAAAGGAAUCUUGACAUCUUGAGACACUUAUUAGAAAAGGUCACCUUCAUUAGAACAAUCAUCACAUUGAACUAAGCACAUGUGCAACUUAAAUGGCAUCAUAAAAAGGAGGAGGUGAACAGCGCAAGAGACAUCAUACAAUGGCUGCAAUGGCUACCAUGGCUGCUGUGACUGCAGUGAUAAAUAACUCUACAGGAGCAGACAACAGAUCCUGCAUUACCCGCCAGAACUUGGUGGUGAAAGUUCUGCCUCCAGUUCUUAUCAUAGAGAUGCUAGUGGGCCUGCCUGGCAAUCUGAUAGCUUUGUGGAUCUUCAGUUGCCGUCUGAAGGUCUGGAGGCCCAAUACACUGUUCCUGUUCAACCUGGUCCUGGCAGACUUCCUGCUUCUCAUCAGUGUGCCUUUCCGCAUCGACAACCUUUUCCGUGGGGAAAACUGGGUCUUUGGUGACACCUGGUGUCGCGUCAACCUCUUCAUGCUAGCAGUCAACCGCUCAGGUAGCAUCGCCUUCAUGACGGCCGUAGCGAUGGAUCGCUACUUUAAGGUGGUUCACCCACACCACCGCAUCAACCAUAUGACAUCCACUCAGGCAAAGUGGGUGGCGGUGGGGAUCUGGAUAGUUGUGAUCUCCCUCAGAAUCCCACUGCUGGCCACUAACCUACUCCAGGAGCACAAAGGCAAUUUCUUUUGUCGGAGCUUCAACCACUACGAUGUCUUUCCUCCAGCGAUCAUCCUGCACUACGUGGUGUUCAUCGGGGAGUUCUUCUUCCCCAUGCUGCUCCUGCUUUUCUGCUCGGCCAGGAUUGCUUGCAUCCUCCGCCAACGCCAGCUGGACCGGGAGAAAAAAGUGCGAAGGUCCGUGCGCGUGGUGCUCGUGAUAGUACUCGUAUUUGUCACCUGCUUCAUGCCGGGAAUCGCCACAGGAUUGGCUGUGAUGGCUUUAAAGGCGGUCGAUGCUGACUGUGCGUCCAAGCAUUUGGCUGCCGAGCUUUUUAGCCUGUCUAUUGGGUUCACCUACAUGAACAGUGCCCUGGACCCUAUCAUUUACUGCUUCUCAAGCUCCAUGUUCCGCAACAGCCUGAAGAGCUCCAUCAACCGCCUAGGCCUGGUGGAUAUGAGGUUGAGCCGAAAAGGCAGCAUGACCAGCGAUGGGUGAGGGGAAUUUAGGAGCAGAGACAACAGAUAGGGAAUCCAUCUGAUUGGGACUAACUAGGAGACAUACUCCAUAGCUGUAUAUGCAGAACCGUCGCAUGGGUUGUGCCAGUGCGACCGCAGGGUCUCGGGCUACUGGGGGCCUCGCGCCUGCCUGGUUUGCGAGCAAGUUUUUUUUCUACUUUCAAUAUUUUUUUUACUCCUGUUUUUGACUCGAUGUGCUCUAAAUGAAAUUAACGUUUGUCAAAAAAUCUUGUAUAUUUUUUCAUUCAGGAUUUACGUUAAGCCACAGGGCGUUAGUGCACGCCCUGUGAGAGUGCGAGGAGGAAGAAGGAGAUGGUCACUGUGUAUGUCAAUAAGCAGGGCCCUGCACCCCCCCUGCGACGGCUCUGUGUAUAUGGGUGGUUUGCGCUAUGACAAAUGCAGUUUUUGGGGGGGCGUGGCAAGGUAUGUGUCGCUGCAGCUGUGUUUUGAAGCCUUUUGUCGUUUUGUGGAAUACCACAUUGUUGUGACAUACCAGAGAAUCCUGUUAUCGAAAAGUUUUAUUUCAUUGGAAUGAGUCCACAUUCCUUUCAGAAAGAAGACAUUGAAAAUUGCCUUUUUUCACAAUGUUUUAUACUUUGCUUGAUAGUAUGAUCAUAUUUCUUUUUAUUUUAUGGAUUAAAACAUAUCUGUAAUAGUUUAAGUGCUUUGAGAUUGUGUUUUUAAAAUACAUGCCAAUGUGAAUGUAUAAAUAAAUG